AUGUCAAGGAAACAGAAGAGAACGAAAUGGACAGAAGAAAUGAAUAGGGAUGUUUUAGAAUGCAAAGAAAGAGCUCAAGAAUUAAAAUCAUCAGAAAAUCCAUCGUUAAAUGUUAACAAGUCAACGGGCAGCAAGAUAGGCUAUAUACAGCUCAUGAAGCAACUUUGGGAAGAACGAGGUUAUGCAAGCUUGGGCCUAACUGGACAAAACUUAAGAGAUCGAGCUUCGAAGCUUCAAAAGAUUCAGGUUCUUCCAACAUUUGGUUGUGAUAAUGAAUCGUAUAAAACUCAGGAAGGCGAAAUUGCUGAAGUAAGCGGCGGAAUCAACGAACUGAGACCGGAGUCAAAUUUGCAUAACAUUACUAUUGAGCAAGUCCCAGAGGAAUUAAGAAAUGAUGAAGAGAGUUCAUCACGCAAUUUGCUGCCAAAUUUGCCCGAGAUUAACGUGUUGCCAUCCCAAAUAAAAGAGAAAAUGCGGGGGGAAAUAACGCACCGAGAAUUGUGCUGUGAAGUGGGCGAGAUAUACGAUGAAAUCGUUCACUUCCGAAGAAACAUUUUUAAAAUUCCGUCUGGUAGAGCAGGCAAAGAUUACAUAACUGAAUUAACUUACUGGCUCAAACAAUUUAACUCCAAUGCUGAGUUGAACUCAAUUGCAUUAAAAGUAUUUAUGAUACUUCCUUCGCUGAUUUUGCAGAAGCCGUCUGCAAAGUCUAAGAGUAAAGAGCAUAGUUCAGCUAUCGAUCGCAGAUUACUCCUAUGGAGACAAGGCGACGUAUCACUACUAAUGAAAGAAGUAAGAUUUAUUCAAAAGAAAUUUAAAUCCUCGAGGAAGGCUAGAUCUAUGGAAGAUGUGUCUAAAACCUUUGCAAAAUUGGUCAUGCAAGGAAAAAUCACGGCUGCUAUAAAGAUGUUAGAUAAAGAGAGUUCAUCCGGUUUAUGUAAUCUAUCGCCAGAAGUCAUUAAAGAGCUUAAACAGAAACACCCAACAGCUGCAGAGGUGCAAGAGGGGAGCCUUUUGUAUGGGCCGAUGGAUUAUGUUCCACCAAAUACUUUCGAUUUGAUUGAUGAGCAGACCAUCUACAACGCAGCGUUAAAAACAAAAGGUUCGGCAGGGCCCUCGGGAAUGGAUGCCGAACUAUAUCGAAGAAUCGUGUGUUCAAAAAGUUUCAAGACCGAGGGAAAACUCCUAAGAGAGGAAAUAGCCAUAAUGACGAGAAAUCUGCUGAAGUCUUCAUACCAUCCCUCCCUAUUAGAGGCCUUUACAUCAUGUAGAUUGAUUCCCCUUGACAAGAAUCCUGGAAUUAGGCCAAUAGGUGUAGGCGAAGUACUGAGGCGAAUUAUUGGCAAAACUGUGUCAGCUUUUUUCAAAGAAGAGUUGAAACAAGCAGCGGGCCCUCUACAAGUUUGUGCUGGGCACAACGCGGGCGCUGAAGCCGCGAUACACGCAAUGAGCGAGAUCUUUGCUGAAGCUGAAACAGAUGGAAUACUUCUAAUCGACGCAAGUAAUGCUUUCAACCAAAUGAAUCGCUCCGUGGCAAUGCAUAAUAUCCAGAUUACUUGUAAUGAAAUCUCGCAGUAUCUUAUCAACACCUAUAGAAGUCCUUCUAGACUUUUUAUUUGUGGUGGAGGGGAGAUACUGUCUCAAUAA